AUGCUACUAGUUAUCGGCGCUAGUCCAUGCACGGCGGAGAUACACACGGAGUUCAUCAUCGUUGACUGCUUCAGUUCGUACAAUGCCAUCAUUGGUCGGCAGGCGCUAAACAAACUAAAGUGCAUCAUAGCAGGCUACAUGCUUCUCAUGAAGUUCCCUACACCCAACGGGACAGGGUGUGUGAAAGGAAGUCAACAACUGGCUCGAGAAUGUUAUUCUACAACUGUGGCACGGUCGACGCACAGCCAUGAGAUCCUAACGGUAGGAAGCCAUGUGCCGUCGCCAAACAUUUUCGAAGAUCUUAGGGAUGACGAGGAAAAAUAUGUAAAAAAGGAAUGA